UACCGAUACCCCAUGUUAUGUUAGCUAGAUCAUCAGCAUGGGCUCACUGUCGGAGAGUAUGAAUGGGAGCGGUCGCCGUCCGUCUUCCCCAGGUACUCCAAGUACUCCAAGCAAGAGCAGCAGUGGAUACAGCAUUGGUCGCGGGGCAGUGAUUUGUCUCAUGGUCUUGAAUCUGCUGGGUAUGGGAUACCAGAUUAUCUACCAGCCUUUGGUCCAGCAGAGUGGGGUAUCCGUUGCCAAGCAUUGUGUGGGACGAGAUAACAAUGCUACCAGUAUUACUAAUACUGAGACUGAAAGGAUGUCAUCAUCAUCUGCUGCUACGCAUACUCCCACGGCUCCUCCUCUACUACCCACCACUCCCGCCGUAAUAUCCAACCAAACGACGAGAAUUAUUGGCUGGAUCCGUCCCGACGUGGUGUACGGUCUGAUUCAUAUACCCAAAGUGGUGGGAACCGAAAUCAACGGCCUGCUGGCCGCCCAAUACGAACGAGUCUGCGGGAACAAGGGCUAUUCGUUUGAUGCCGCCCAAUCCAAUCGACACGUUGGAAACACGAAUUUGUUUUUGGACAAGAACAAUUCCGAUCGCAACAAUGUUUUGCCCGAGGAAAUGCUGGCACGAGGAUUCGAAGACUGCGAUUACAUUGCACUGGAAGAAAAACCCGAUUUUUGGACGCCUCUCUUUCAACAACUCGGGCCCAUUGAAUUGCACGUGCCCUGUCGAGAACCUCUCCAGCAUUUGCGAUCCAUGUGCAACUAUGCCAACAAUUGGCGUGGUAUAAGGCGCAUCUUUAACUGCAGUGCCACCGAUCUACGACAGGAAGUACAAAAUUGCGAUGCCGGAUUGUUUCGUCUGCAGCAAUCCUUUCGUCAACAACCCAACAUGACGGCACUGAAAUGCUUUGAUCCCUUGCCACCGCAACGGUACACUGAUUACAUGGGGGAUAUAUUGCAACCCAAACGACUGCCAUCGGAAUAUGUGCAUCGAGAAACCAAUUUACCACAUGACAAGAGUUUCACGGAAUGCAUCUGGAACCAAACCAAGGAAUGGCAAGACAACUUACUCCAAAUCAUGCGCAAGCAUUGGUACUAUUACAAUUUUUGCCAUUCCUGUUUGGGAUCCAAACAUGAUUUGUUUGCGACGACGACCAACAAGAAACAAAAGAUCAUUAAGCCGCCCAAACAACAGAGAAGCUCCGCAGGAAGUGCCACUGGUGCCAAAAAGAACAGCCCGAAUCCGCAACGGCAACAACCAAUAAAAAAGAGCCAUCCACCAAAACAACCACCACCACCAAAACCUCAAAGCUUUGCCAACGCCCCAAAACAGAGCAAUCUACAACCGCUACCAAAAACACUUCCACCAAUCGAAUAGCUCAAUUUUGUUUGUUUGCUACGGCUACGAGCAAAACCAACAAUAGGAGCAUUCGGCAACAACAACAACGCUCUGCCAAACAAAAAACAAAUAAAACUGCCAAGAACUCAUAAGAAACCACACGGCAAGCAUGGUUGGCCACUACAUGUACUUGCUGCAUACAGUACUGUGUCGUAGAGACAGCUGCAACUACUGUAUCAGCAACAUAGCAACCAACCUUACAUGGUGGCCGUCACCGAUGCUGCUGAUUACCAAUGCAUAUCCCUGUCACAACUCCAUGAAUACAAUACAAUACUGUAGUUAUGAUUUUCUACUGAUUACUUCAUUCACUAGUGUGCCCAAAUUUGG